GCAUUUGAAAAUGGAAACUAUGGAUGUUGACUUUUCUUCGCGCACAGAAAAUGACGACACGACGCAGACUAUGGCGACGCUGUUGUUAAAGGGGUGGACUAUGCUAUCGGAAACUUGUAGACAGUGCAGAGACGUACCGCUUAUGCGCAGCAAAACUGGGCAAACGAGGUGUUGUCGCUGUCAAAAUGAAGCCAGCGACGAAAUUACGCAAAACAUCGCAGAUCUUUGCAACGUUUCCACCGAAUGCCCAAAGGGUCGCUAUACUCACAGCUACAACUCUUACGCUGAGAUUCCCCUGGACAGUUCCGAGCUCAUGAAGAUUCACAAUAGGAAUGAAAUUCCAGAAAUAAAAUCUGUAAAGCCAAUUUCUAUGGCAUCCAACCACAGCUCUGACUUUCGAACAAGACAACUGAAUCUUUUGGAUGUACAGCUGAAUAAGGCACUAAAAAGGUACACAGCGAUGCUUUCAGUGGCAAACAACAACGACAGCGGCGACAUUGAGAGUGAAGUGAGUCUUCUCAAGGGGAUAGAGAGUGUUUUGAACGUGAUGGAUACCCUAAAGAGGCUGGUCUAGGAAAUCUGGGCACUCCUUCCAGCAGGAAUGGACCAUUUUACAUACUAUAGUCGAGUUAUCUGCAGACACAGAACGGACGCACUAUCUUAUGGGCUGGAUUUGUCUAGAAUCCUGGAAAUGGGCUCGUGUGUGAGAAUAGGCAUGGAAUCUUGCGAGUACGGCGGGUAGGGACGAAAGUAGAGUCAUGUGCCGCACGUUUUACAUAUAGAAAUAACAUAACAACUGGUACUGUGAGUC